AGCAGCUGGAGAGAGAGAGAGAGGGAAAGGCAGAAAGAAAGGCUGGGUUUGACAUUUAUUCACGGUGAGGGAACGUUUUGUCACCCACGUAUGCAGAUGGCAAAAAUGCCUACGGAGGAAGAUGGGGUGCGGCCUAUAGAGGGGCAAAAAUGGGUGGAAAUGACUUCGGUAGUCUUCCAGCAGUGAACUAUCCGUGGUUUUUUUGUUUGUUUGUCACUUUUGCCAGCGUGAGCUUAAAAGAUGGUUGAGUGUUAUUUUAAAGAUCUCUCAGCAAAUGGCUAAAACCUUGGGUGGCGUGGGAGACCAUAGCACGUCCUUCUGCUGGUGUGGAAAGUCAGAGAGAUGAGGCAGGGCUCAGGCAGAGAUGAGGGAGAGCAGCCAGCUGAUGCCCAGAGAUACCACAUCCCUGUGACUAUACCAGCACCGCCAGGGCCAGGCCAUCUGAAUCGUCAGUGUCAUGGAGCCUCCUGGAGAGAAGCCAGGAGAGGCUGAGGUGCUGAGCAUCACACCCCAGCUGCUGAAGUCCCGCUCUGGAGAGUUUGCCCUUGAUUCCAUCCUAUUGCUAAAACUUCGGGGUUUAGGGCUGGUGGACCUGGGCUGUUUGGGGGAGUGCCUGAGCCUUGAAUGGCUUGACCUAUCAGGGAAUGCACUUACCCACCUGGGCCCACUAGCGUCUUUGCGCCAGUUGGCUGUGCUCAAUGUCUCCAAUAAUCGGCUGACAGGGCUGGAGCCACUGGCGGCCUGUGAAAACCUGCAGAGCCUCAAUGUUGCUGGCAACCUGCUGGCUGCUCCUGGCCAGCUGCAGUGUCUGGCCGGGCUACAGGGCCUGGAGCACCUGAGACUCCGGGACCCUUUGGCCCGGCUCAGCAACCCGCUGUGUGCCAGUCCCUCCUAUUGGGCUGUGGUUCGAGAGCUGCUGCCUGGCCUCAGAGUCAUAGAUGGGGAACGUGUAAGUGGGAAGGGCAGUGAGCUGUACCAGUUAUGCCGAGACCUGGACAGCUCCUUGCGCCCCAGCUCCAGCCCAGGCCCCAGAGCCAUAGAGGCCCAGCCCUGGGUGGAACCUGGCUACUGGGAAUCCUGGCCCAUGAGGAGCAGCUCCAUUCUGGAAGAGGCCUGCCGGCAGUUUCAGGACACACUGCAGGAAUGUCUUGACCUGGACCGCCAGGCCAGUGACAUCUUGGCCCAGGCCCAGCAGGCUCUGAACCCUGCAGAAACCGCGUCUUCCUUUGUCUUCUGAUUGUGCCUCGUGGCCAGGUGCCCUCAGCGUCAUGCUGACGCCUACAUCCCUUUCCUGCCCCCGGCCCUUGCCUCUGGUUUUCUCUGCUCACUGACCCUGCAAAUUCGUUUAUCCUAACUCCUACCCUUCAUCUCCCCGAGGACACUUCCUGCCCUCCUUCCACCCAAGCAGGGACAUGCUUUCUAGGUGGCCUCUAGCAGGUGUCAGAGAUUUCCUCACUAUCUGGCAAAUAUUGCAGCUAGGCCCAGGCAUGCUGAGCAUGGGCUCUCGCUAGUGCCAAGCCUGAGGCUUUGUGGGUAAUGUUACCUGCCACCGGCUAACUCUUACUAAACAGUUCUCUGCUCAUUUGUGCCAUUUCUUGUCUCUUCCUCAGCAAAAGCAUGGCCUUCCAUACCUCUGCUUUGGUCCUGUAGGAGACCCCUGCAGUCACCCUCCCUGCUCCUUCCUGGUACCAGGAAGGAAGAGUGGGGACACACAUACACAAAUCUUUGAGCUUUUCUUAUAUGUACAGGUUGGACUGAGGAAAGAACAAACACACGGUUGGGACGGAACAGACCAGCAAUUUUAUUAGCUUGGAGUAUGAAAUCUUUGGGAGCUGGUGUCCUUCACUGGGUUUUGCCACGGCAGCUCAGGAAGGUGGAGCUCUAGAGAAGGGAAACCAGAUGUGUGUAAGGGAGGUUGUGUUGGCUUGAUACUAGCUUUCCUUCAAGUUUCAAACAAAACCCAUAGCCCAGUUUAUGCCAGGGGCUCUCUCUCCCCUCCCAAUAACCUACCUGUCCGGGGCUUAUUUGGGUUUCAGGGCCCUGGAGAAGGCAAACUGUCCAGGGAAGAAGUGGUUGCCGCGGGGGUCCUCGCCACUCUGCGCUACCUUACUGCACUGGGACUCCUGAGAUUCCUGUAGAACCAGUGUCUGUUGUAGCAGUGCCUGGAGGAGAGGCAUCACCGCAACCGCAGGGGAAGGUCUCAGCCACCCCCUCCCCACUCUCCUUUCCCACUUCCAGUUCUUAUCACACAGACCCUCAUGUAGUUUGUCUCCAGCCCUCACCCUAACCUCUGACCUUUCUUACCUGAGGCCCUUGCCUCAUUGUUGGACAGUGGACCAUGCGGCCCAGAACUUUACCCGUGGUGUCCAGUUUGAUGCAGGCCAGACAUUUCCGCUUUCUCUGGGGAGGAGAGUAUGAGAGAAGGAAAAAGGAGUGAGGGGAGCCUGAGUGUCAGGGUGGGGACUGGCCUGCUUGGCAUCCCUAGAGUGGAUGGAUUUGAAUACUUGGUCUCCAGUUGGAGGAAGGUUUAGGUUUGACUUUGAUGGGGGAAGUAUGUCACUGGGACAGGCUUUGAGAGUUUAAAGCCUUAUACCACUCCCAAUUCACUCUUUCUGCUUCCUGCUUGCUUUUGAGAAUGUGAGCUCUCAGCUUCUUGCUCUGGCUUCCAUGCCUGCUGGUAGCCAAGUCUCCCUGCCAUGAUGGACUUUUAUCCCUCUGGAACCAGAAGACAAACCUUUCCUACUAUAGUUGGUUUUGGUCAUGGUGUUUCAUUACAGCAGCAGAGAUAUAACUAAUCCAAGGAGCAGGGGGAUGUGCAAGCCAGAUAGACAUGCUGCUUACCCUGGGAUGGGAGAUUCUUACAAGUUCUUGUCUUUGGGCACUUGGACACUACUUUAAGAAAUAGCCCAGGCUGAUCUAGAACUUGUGGUCCACCUGCUUUAAUUUCCCCAAUGCUGGACUUUCAAGUAUAUGCUAUCCUGCCUUGCCUGCAGACUGCAGUACCUGUGCAGAGAUCACUCCUGUGUGAGCAUGCGUGUGUGAACUGCUCAUAUGCAGUACACUGCAUGGGUGUAUUCACAAGUGCCUGUGUGAAUGUGCAAACAUGUAUAAAGGCAAGAAUCCUCUCCA